UGUGCUGCAUAUCAAAGUUCAAAUGAAUAUUGAUUUCUCUGUUGUAAUUGAAAACCAUUUCAUUUUUGGAAAACUAGCCAGAAAUUUUGGGAACGAUUCUGAGGAACGGUCAGACUCCCAAGGCUCAAAAUGUAUCGAUUUCGCAAAAAGCCCAUGGCAUUAUCGGCGAUCACCUUCAUUUUCUCCGUGAUACUCUCGCCUGUCACUCCCGAUUCAAUAUCGCUGUUCAGAGACAAGAAUUUCCACCAUCAUCGAUGUGACAUUGAGGUCAUUGGUUGCAAGCCGGUGUGCCACGGACUGGAAAGGGAGGCUUCAUCGCUGCGAGGGAAUGCCUCUUGUGUUCAUUUUUACCGACGAGAAAACUGCGAGUCGUACAUAGGGUCUUGGAAUUCGACUAUGGGCGACCUCCGUAACUUCAAGAAAACGGACGCUCAAGAUGCAAUCGUUUCAGUCGGGGACUGUGAGCAACCGAUCGACCCGCCAAAUUCCAUUUCGUUUUACGAGCAUGCACAAUUCGGCGGGAAGAAGUGCAACAUAAAGGUGGGAGGUUGCCAACCGAUGUGCCCAGAAUUGGACAACCAAGCCUCCUCCGCAGAUGGAGACGCCGUUUGCGCCAAGAUGUACAGCGAGCCCAACUGCAAGGGAUAUUUGGGCGACUUGUACAAUUUAAAAGUGAGCCCCAAUGAAUACCGGAACUUCAAGAAGCAUCGGGAUACCAAAGUCCUCCGAGACCAGAUUUCCUCUAUCAGUGACUGUUCGAACAGAACCGUCUCGUUUUUCGAGCACAAGCAUUUUAAAGGGAAAAGGUGCGACUUGGAGGUGAAAGGUUGCCAGAGGAUGUGCCCCGAGUUGGAUAAAAAAGCCUCUUCCGUGAUAGGAGAAGUCGGCUGCGUCAGGCUCUAUAAAGAUGCCAACUGCACGGACUAUCUAGAAUCGAUAGUCGUCUCGCCUAGCGGGAGAAGGUACCGGGACUUCCAAUAUCAUCCAUAUAAACAUUAUUGGAAAAAAAUUAACGAUCAAGCCUCUUCCAUUAAGGACUGUAUCACCACUGACAGUGGUAAUUUUGUAUUCAGCAGGCCCCUUGGCCUGCACCCCUGGGAUGUUCCAAGGCCGUAGGAUCGUGUACGAGAAUUGGAGAAGGUGAUUCCUUAUGAGAAAACACAUCGGAUAAUGAUGGAAUAUUUACCCAUACAUAAAUAUUGUUGCGAUACUACACCACUUCAAGAAUCAAGAUGUAAUAUUUUUAUGCGCCGCAUGUUUAAUGGUAAACUUGUUGCAACAUCUUGUUUAUAAAUUAUAUUAUCAGAAUAAUUGUUUAAAAAUCCUAAGGUGGGAAAGAGUCGCGGGGGGGGGGUCUCCCCCCGGAAAUUUUCAGAGUCCCUUUAUACUGAGAGUCAAGACAAUGUGAAUCCAUUUCU